AUGAACAAUAUAAUUAAAAUAAGUGCCCUUUGCAUGCAAACCUUUUUAUAUCGCCUCAAGAAUUUUCCAUUCAUACAAGGAGCAUGUUCUUACCUUAUAUAUAGUAUUCUCAUUAUCUCGUUUGUAUUAUUAUUGUUUAUAAAAUGUAGGAAUAUAAGUAAACGUAACAGAAAAGAAAAUGAACCCACAAAUGCUGCAAAAAAGCAAGUGUAUAUAAAUCACAUAGGGGAAAAAAGAAGCACACGCAGGGGAAGAAAACCAAGAAAGGAACGAAAUACAAGUAUGGGAAGGAGUGCCAAUAAGGGUAAAAGGACAAAUACGAGUAUGAGAAGAGGCAGGGGUAGAAGCACAAGUAGGAGUGGAAGCGUAGAUAGGAAUGGAAGUAUAGAUAGGAAUGGAAGCACAGGGAGGAAUGGAAGCACAGGGAGGAAUGGAAGCAUAGGGAGGAAUGCGAGCAUGUGUAGGGGCGGAAACAUAAGUAUGAAUGGAAGCACAAAUGGGAGACGAAGUACACCUAGAGGUCGAAGCGCUGGUAGGGGACGAAGCAUAAGCAAAGGAAAAAAACGAACCUUAAAUGAAAUCCCCAAAACUUCGAGCGUAAUAUAUAGUACAGAAUUUGAACAAAUGCAAAGUGUAGCGGGAAGGAUAAGAAAUUCAAGAUCUAAAACAAUCAAUCAAAACGAUAAUGCAAAAAGAGGUAAUGCACAAAAUGGUAAUGGACAAAAUGGUGAUAUAAAAAAUGGAAAUGUAAAAAAUGGUAAUACAAAAAAUGGUAAUGCAAAAAAUAGUAAUGAACAAAACUAUAAUGUAAAAAAUGGUAAUACAAAAAGUGGUAAAGCAAAAAGUGGAAAUGCAAAAAGUGGUAAUGUAAAAAGUGGUAAUGAACAAAACGGUAUUGCAAAAAAUUAA